AUGGCCGGGUCUCCUGCACUGCUCCUCCUGCUCAGCCUGGGGCUCUGCUGCACCGGUGCCCAGGGACAGAGGAACACGAUGGAGGCCAGGUUCUUCAACAGGAAUAUGAAGCACCCCCAGGAGGGACAGCGGCUGGAGCUGGAGUGCACACCUUACAACAGUGACAGUGGUGUUUCCUGGGUCCGACAGGACAAGGAUGGGAAACUUCACUUCAUCGUCUACAUUUCCACGUUUUCCCGGACCACCUACCCAGGGAAUGAGAAAACAUCUUCACAAUUUGAGGGGUCAAAACAAGGCAACUCCUUUCGGCUGGUGGUGAAGAACUUCAGGGCACAGGACCAGGGGAUCUAUUUCUGCAUCACCAACAUCAACCAGAUGCUGCACUUCAGCUCUGGACAACCCGCCUUCUUCCCAGUCACAACAACAACAGCAGCACCCACCACACCGGCUGCCACCACCCAGAGAAGCCAGGUCACCAAGAAGGACAUCUGCGUGCAGAGCUCAGAUCCAGGAACAAGCAACAGGAACAUGCUGAAUUUUUACUGUGAGAUUUACAUCUGGGCUCCCCUUGCUGGCGUCUGCCUCGUGCUCCUUGUAGCUCUGAUUGUCACCAUCGUGCUCUGCCAAAAGACCAGAAGACGACGAUGCAGGUGUAAGAGACCUCCAAAUGGGAAGCCUGGUGCAAAACCCAGUGUGCCAACCCGACACAUAUGA